AUGGGAGCAGUGGCUCUUCCCUUUCUCCCGCUUCCUUUCUCCACCCCCAGCCCCGGGCUGGGGAGGCGGGAGGUGGCAGAGCUGCAGCCCGGCCACCGGCAGGGCGCGGGGCCAGGGGCAGCCCCACACGGCCCUCUCUCCGCCUCUGCUGAAACACCUGCGAGGGGAAGGAUGUCGGGGAGCGGCCGCCCCCGUCCGCGGGAGCGCGGGCUGGCCCCGGAGCCGCCCCGACGAGAAGGAGGAGGAGGAAGAAGAAGAAGAGGAGAAGAGGAAGAGAAAGGAGCAGGAGGGAAGUGGGGAAGUUGUGCCUUGCCCGCCCGGUCGGGAGCCGGAGCCAUGGGCCCCGCCGGGGGGGUGCGGGCCGCCCCCUCGCUGCUGCUCUCUCUGCUUCUCGGAGCUUCGGCCCCGCUCUGGCUGCGGGCGGAGAAGCUGGGGGAUGGAUGUGGGCACAUGGUGAUGUAUCAAGACAGUGGAACCCUGGCAUCUAAGAACUAUCCUGGGACAUACCCAAACUACACUCUUUGUGAAAGGAAAAUCCAAGUGCCUCCAGGAAAACGCCUGAUCCUGAAAAUUGGAGACCUGGAUAUUGAAUCCCAGAAAUGUGAAUCCAGCUACCUUACCAUUCAGAGCUCUUCAACAUUGCAUGGGCCAUACUGUGGUAACGUGAUGCCUGUUCCCAAAGAAAUCAUUCUGGACAGCAAUGAAGCAACUAUUCACUUUGAGAGUGGAUCCCAUGUGUCAGGACGAGGUUUUCUCUUGUCCUAUGCCAGUAGUGAUCAUCCAGAUCUGAUCACGUGUUUGGAACGAGCAAACCAUUACACAAAGGCUGAAUACAGCAGAUACUGUCCUGCUGGCUGCAGAGACAUUGCAGGUGACAUUUCUGGGAAUAUUGGAGAAGGAUACAGAGAUACCUCGCUGCUGUGCAAGGCGGCGAUCCACGCGGGCGUCAUCGCGGACGAGCUGGGCGGGCAGAUCAGCGUCACCCAGCAGAAGGGCAUCAGCCGCUACGAGGGCGGCGUGGCCAACGGCGUCCCCUCGCACGAUGGUUCACUCUCAGAUAAGCGGUUUAUAUUUACUUCAAAUGGCUGCAAUAAAUCCCUCAGUCUGGAAGAGGGAUUCCUCUCCAAGAGCCAGGUUACUGCAUCUUCCUACUGGGAGGAGACCAACGAAUUUGGGCAGCUAUUCCAGUGGUCUCCUGACAAGGCUUGGCUUCAAGUCCCAGGACUGGCUUGGGCCUCUAACCACAGCAGCAACCGUGAAUGGUUGGAAAUAGAUCUGGGAGAGAAGAAGAGAGUAACAGGGAUCAAGACCACUGGUUCUGGAUCCACUAUGCUGAAUUUCAACUUUUUUGUGAAGACAUUUACGAUGAACUACAGAAAUAACAACUCCAAAUGGAGAACAUACAAAGGGAUUCUGAGCAAUGAGGAAAAGGUAUUCCAGGGCAACUCCAACCCUGGCGACAUAGUACGCAACAACUUCAUCCCCCCCAUAGUGGCUCGCUACGUGCGAAUCGUCCCCCAGACCUGGCACCAGAGGAUAGCACUGAAGCUGGAGCUGAUGGGCUGCCGAAUAAUGCAAGCUAAUAGUUCCUUUACCCAUUCAAUGUGGCAAAAACCAAGUCAGAGCACAGAGACCUCCCUUGGAAAAGAAGACAGGACUGCUACAGAGCCCAUCCCAUCAGAAGAAACUAACUUGGGCUUAAAGCUUACAGCUAUAAUUGUCCCUGUCCUCAUCGUGCUGUGUCUGUUCCUGUUCUCUGGAAUUUGUAUCUGUGCAGCCCUACGCAAGCGAGAAGCCAAAGGACUUUCUUAUGGAUUAUCCAGUGCUCAGAAAUCAGGUUGUUGGAAACAAAUCAAGCAGCCUUUCACCAGACAUCAGUCAACUGAAUUUACCAUCAGCUAUAAUAAUGAGAAGGAGACACCACAAAAACUGGAUCUCGUCACCAGUGACAUGGCAGAUUACCAGCAGCCUCUCAUGAUUGGCACUGGGACAGUAACACGGAAAGGAUCAACUUUUCGACCCAUGGACGCGAAAGACGAGGGAAGAAGAGGGAGUUUAGAGUUUGAAAAUCACUAUCACUGUCCACACAGAGGUAACCGACAUGAAUAUGCUCUGCCCCUGGCCAGCCAAGAGCCCGAAUACGCCACCCCCAUCAUCGAGCGGCACACGACGAGAGAAAACAACUUCCCCUCUGAGAAUGGCUACAACGUGCCUGUGGUCUCAUCUCAGAAACACUCCCUUCCUGCUGGCAGCUUCUCUGGUUCAGCUACGACCGACACCAGGAACGGAGACUAUCAGACACCCCAGAGUGUCCUAAACUACGACAAACCCAAAGCGAACGGUGUGCUGACCUCCAUCAGCUACAGCACGGACUACCAGAAACCUCAGCCCAACGGCCUGGGGAGCGAGGGCUACUCAACACCCAGGGACUGUCUAAAGCCCAUAAGCCAGACAGCGAUGACGGCUCUCUUGUGA